CCCCGUGACGUCACCGCCCCCUGCCCGCUUCCAAGAUGGCGGCGGCGGUGGCGGGCGGCCUGCGGCACGCGGGGUGGUGGCUGUGGCGGGGCCGCGCGGUGCUCAGGUUCCCGCUCUCCCCACCCCAGCGUCCUCUCCACGCUUCAGUUGUGCUGAGGAGAACCUCUGAUGAGCGGCAGAAGGAGCCGGGGGCAGCUUCCUCGCAGUUUGAUUCAGGUCCAGGUCCCCUGCCUGAGCAGGAAUCUCGGGGCCCUCACCCCAGCUACACCGGGCAGGGUGGUCAGGAGUCUGAGGACUUUGAGAGUGAGGAGCAGCUGCAGCAUCGAAUCCUCACAGCAGCCCUGGAGUUUGUGCCUGAGCAUGGCUGGACUGCAGAAGCCAUUGCAGAGGGAGCCAAGACCCUGGGUCUCUCCAGUGCUGCUGCAGGGAUGUUUCACAGUGAUGGCAGUGAGCUGAUCCUGCACUUUGUGUCUCAGUGCAACACCAAGCUGUCCGAGAUGCUGGAGCAGGAACAAAAACUGGUGCAGCUGGGUGAAGCAGAGAAGAAGCCUAUGGAUCAGUUCCUGAGAGAUGCAGUGGAAGCCAGACUGAGGAUGCUGAUUCCAUACAUUGAGAAAUGGCCCCAGGCUCUGAGCAUCCUGUUGCUCCCACACAACAUCCCAUCCAGCCUCAACCUCCUCACCAGCAUGAUUGAUGACAUUUGGCACUAUGCUGGAGACCAGUCCACAGAUUUUAACUGGUACACACGCCGGGCUGUGCUCACUGGUGUCUACAACACCACAGAACUGGUGAUGCUGCAGGACUCAUCCCCAGACUUUGAGGACACGUGGCGCUUCCUGGAGAACAGAGUGGCUGAUGUGAUGAACAUGGGCAGCACAGCAAACCAGGUACAAUCAACUGGAGAAGCGCUUGUCCAGGGCCUGAUGGGAGCUGCUGUUACUAUCAAGAACCUGGCGGGGAUGAACCAGCGCCGGUGAGGAGAGAACCGAGGGCGAGAGAAGAGAAACCCGAGGGCGAGGGAGGAGCCGGGGCGGGCCCAACCUUUCCCCGGCACCAAUAAACCCGCUCACAGAGUA